AUAAUCGUCUUGUUAAAACUUCAAUGAUAUCAGACAAUUCAGCAACGAAGAUAUUGAAAAUAACACCACCUUUGCCGACAACCGCAACGACAUCCAACCAGUUGGCACCAGUUACACAAUCAACGCCUGUUGUUUUGAACGAUUGUUUGUUGGAAAGCAAAAAUAUUGUUGUCUCCAAGAAAGAUAACAAGUAUAUACUUUUCACCACAGCAGCAUUACCUCAUCAAUCAAAUCCGUUACUAUCCAAUCAAUCGCAAACAAUACAAACAAUUCAUCCGGUGCAAACAGCUACAGUCAUCGACACAGUUCGCAUUGAAGAACUUUUGAAGAAGGAUAAAAUUAUUAAAAAAACGGAACUACAGAAUGAUGGAACCACUACAACUACCUACAUCUUUGAUGAGUGCGAUAUAUUACCGUUGAAAAGCACACCACGUGAUGCGGUAAAUCAUUCAGUUACAACUACAUCAUCAGUUGACACCUUGAGCAUAACACCUCAAACAACUAUCAUUAAACCCACUACAAUUUCGAUUGUAAAAGUAGGUGGAGGUGAAGUGGUAACAACUGCUGGGACUGCCGUAAUUCCAGUAGGAACCACGAUGCUCCCAACAACUUCCAGUGUAGUUGGUGCCACCGGAUGUAGUAACACGAUUAUUAAUACAAGUACAAUUCAGAAUAAUCAGAGUCAAAUUGCUGUUCCGAAAAAAAUUGUAAAAGCUACCCAUCCCCGGAUAAAAUAUUCAAAGCAUAAAAAUCCGUCUGUGCAAGGCAUGACUACAUUGCCCAUACUGACAAUUCCAUCAGUGACUACUAACAGCCAGUCGAUUAGUGCUCCCAAUACUGAUCUACAAUCAGGCGGCACUACUACAAAGAUUGAAUUACUAAACUUCUCACUAUCCAGAAAAUUUCCGGGUCAAGGAACAAAAACAAUCGAUGUAAGUAACAUACAGCAAAUUCCAAUUUCAGCUAUUUCGAAAGUCGCCCCUUCACGCUACACAGUGAACGAAUAUGAGACAUCUACCUCCAAUACUUCACAGAGUAAUGAUUUUGCAGCAAGUAUGAUGGACGAUUUAGAUUAUUCUGUAAUUGAUGAUAUUGAGCUACCAGAUGAUGUACAAGUAAACUUUACUGAUUCAUACACAGACAAAGAAUCUCACACAAAUAUUGAUGAAGAAGGCACUGAUACACAAGAUCUUGCAAAACUGCAAGGUGCGAAGAAACUCGUGAAAUCAGAAACUAAGCUUUUGAAUACCGUCAUGGAUGAUAAAUAUGCCCUCUUGGCCAAUACAAGUAUAAUGAAAAACUUUGAAUAUACUGUAAAUGAAUCUGUAAUAAGCGAUACUGAUGAUAGUGAGAUGCGCCAGUAUGUUUGCAGACAUUGUGGAAAACGAUAUCGCUGGAAAUCAACUCUUCGAAGACAUGAAAAUGUUGAAUGUGGUGGCAAAGAAGCGAUGCACCAGUGUCCAUAUUGCACUUACAGGGCAAAACAGCGUGGGAAUCUAGGUGUUCACAUCCGUAAGCACCAUGCCGAUAUGCCGCAACUUGAAAGUCGCAGAAAAUCAAAAAAUCGGGACUCUUUGACCUUUAUGGAAUCAAUUAAACCAGAAGCAAUGGAAGAAGGCAGUCCAGGACAAAUGUGAAAUUAGAAGACUACUGUAUGAAUAAUUCAAGUCAGAGCUUUUCAUAAGAUUUUUUUUUUAUUUUGUAGUUGUUUGUAUUACAAUGUCGUACAUUCAAAGAAACACAAGAAGAAGAAUAUUUGGUCAAUUAAAUUAUAAACAACUUUUUUAAAAGGUGUAGGAAAGGCCAAUUUAAAUAACUGUGUUUGGUUAGAUUAUAUAAAUGUCAUCUUUAAAAAUACACAAAAUGUGUGUUACAUAUAAUGCAGUUGUGUGUAUUUUAUAUAACAGCAACUGAAGGGUUGUCCGUAAACCGCAUUGUUCUAGUUUUAGAACUUUCAGAUCCUUUUCAGACUUUUUAAAUGGUUUUGUAAGAAUUGCGGUCUUUAAUUAGCUUUCUUAUUUCCGAGUGAUUUAUGGAUGACCCUAAAGUUUGUAUUCACCGUUAGGAAUUUCCGUAUGAUACUUCGUAUAUAUAUAUAUAUAUAUAUACAUUUAUUUUUAAUUAUGCCACAGAUACAUUUCAUAGCUUAUAACUAAAGAAAACUUAUUUUUGAUACAUAAGUAUAAUUUUAAGGUCAGAUUAUCGAUGUUCAAAUUGAUAUGUUUCUAACAUUGAAUGUAUUUUAAAAAAAUAUCACACCAAAAGGUCAUUUUAAAAUUUCUGAGACAUCGUCAUCUUUAGUUUUUAUAACAUUUUUCUUCAUGUUCUGUAAUAAAAUGGAGUAUAUGGUUGUAAUACAUACACAACAUAACAUGAUCAGCUUUAACAAGCUUCUUGAUUUAUUUUUUCUCUUUUUUUUUGGUCUCUAGUUGUCACAUUUAAUUCUGGAAACAAGAUAGUAGGUUCGAAAAUAUUGUUUGAGAUUAUCGUAUAUGAGAAAAUAUGACCUUUUUAUCUUCCUAGAAUCUUAAACGCAAUAAAACGCCAAAAGGCAAAAUGGUCCAACCUUUCUUUAUUCACGUAACCUUAAACCUUUCAUACAUAGCGUAUUCGGGGCAAUAUGGGCCACCUUUGAUUUGAACUGACCCCGUAUGAUGCGUAUGAUUGUUCCAUAGGGACCAUUUAGCCUCGCAUAUUGUAAAACUACACACAAAAUAAUGUUUUUCAAAAAUGUUUCAAAAAAAUUCUAACAACAUUUUUUUACAAAAUACAACCGGGGUGUGAAAGGAGACACUUCAAACAAAAAACGAACCUUAUAAGACGAUCAGUUGGUAAUGCUUUUCGAGACCUUUGCCUUAGGUUGCCCAUACUACCCCUAUUGCCUAGACAACAACACAAUGAUUAGUCACUUUUGAACCCAAAGACUUAUAGUCAUGGAUUUUCACAAAAAAAUGGGCUCGUAUUUUGCUGCAACGAUGUAUGUCCCAGAAUAGAGUAUAUAAAAAAAAUACGUAUUACGUACUAUGUAAAGGUUGAAAAAAAAAAAACAAAUUGUCCUUUUCCAAUCAUACGUAGAUUGUAUGUAAUAUGUUGCAUAAGAAACGCAGCGAUUAAAGUGAAGAUGAAUAGAAGCCAAUAUCCAAACUCGAAGAGCACAAAUCUGGACAACCCAGAUAAUCGUUCAAGAUGAAAACUUAAUUGUUUGGUCAGCGUGAAUGGCUAUCUAUAAAUUUUCAAGAGCACAAAUCGUUCUCCAGAUUUGUGAUUGAGAUGUGGCUUAGGUACAUCUCCUUAAAUAUUAUUGAUGUUCACAAGCAAGAAAGGUAAAAUGGUAAGAUCAAUACGUGGCCCUCAUGUUUGUCAUCUUAUAAAAUUAUUCAUAUAAAUUGCGCUCCAAAAUAGCUUUAACCUUUUGCUCCCCGAAUCAUCUUGUCGCUUCAAACCAUAUUUACUAAUUAUCAUCCAUAUACUCCUAGAGAUGCCCUUUAAAGGCUGAUGGUACCGUGCCAGAACCAUAUACGAACCGUAUCCAUAUACUGAACAUGUAUCGUUUUUAUAUUCAAAAUAGUAAAAUGAAAGAUCGGAACAUGAUUAAUUGUAACAUUUCAAAACUAAAAGACAUAGUUAUUUUUUUUAAUAUACGUAAAGCUAGUUUGCUGUCCAUAAUAAGGAACAAUAUUUGAACAUUGAUGUGUAUGGCGUCCAUAAUUAGGAUGCACAUGCAUGGGACAGACUAACACAUGAUUUUUUAAACAAUUAUUGUUGAUUGAUUGACGUCUUAUUUGUAUACGUUCAUUUAGAUAUUAGUUAAAUGCAACGGCAAAACAAACCAUUACCACAAUUUAAUUUAUUCAAAUUGGAUUUUCUUAACCGUUCAGAAUAUGGUGCUUGUACAGUAUACCAGGAACAAAUUGAGUUCAUAUAUGUUUUCUUAUUAUUUGCUAUUCUGGAAUUCUCUGUGCAAUAGUGUUCAUGAUUCGGUUUUCUCUAUCAGAAGAAUCAAUGGAACUACAAUGCGCUGAAUCAUGACAUGGAAAAGCGAGUAAAAAUUUGAUUGUGAUGCAUCUUCUGACUAAGAGAAGAACCACAUGGGUAUUUCCCAUGAUUCAUUUUGGCUUGAGGGGGUUUCUCAGCCGAAUUGUUUGAAACUUCGCUUCAGUAUGACGCAUGUUUGGGCUUAUGCUACGAAUGGCGUAAGUGGCGUCACGCCACUCGUAGAAUAAAUCUAAUUAUGGCCAAAUAUGAGCUUUGUAGCUUUCAAAAAACCCCACUGUCGAAGUGAAUCAAAAGUGCCAAUAAUAGGAUCUGGAUCCCUAUAUAUACUUUGCAAUCUCAAAGUUUGUCUAAUCUAAUCUUUUUCUAAGUAUUCAAUGCUGACCCAAAACAGGAACAGUAGAGUGUCAAUCAAAUGUAUGAUGAAAAAAUCCAAACCAAAUUUUGCAAACUGUUAGUGUGCAAAAGCUUUAUUGGCCUAAUAAAGUGCAAUUAAAGUGUUUAAAAUUGUCAGUUUGAGCAUACAUUAGUAUCGCGGGAUCGUCGAAAAAAUAAGACUUACACACUAUCGAUUUAUAAAUUUCAACAUGUCCAUUUUAAUUGACACUCUAAAGUACAUUAAUUCUACUUAUUUAUGACUCUAAUGUAAAGUAACAGAAGGUUCGAAUAUAAUUAUAAACAAAUCUGUUUACAAAACGCCAUUGAUUCAUUAGCUGUAUGUAUUCACGUAUUCGUAUUCGCCCUACAAAUUAAUGUUUUGAUCUUUCUCAAGAUUGAGGUAC